UGCAUUAACUGAUGCUGUUUUACAAAACAAUGGCAUAAGAUUUAAUGUCCUAAUAAAACAUUUUUUAGAAUGCCAUUUUUUCCUUUCGAACUAUAGACCUAUUUGCAUAACCUACAUCUUGCAUGCAAUGUAGAUGUCUGAAACGGGGGGAAACAUUUGAAAACGAAGAAGCUACGCUGUGUGAACUUGUCCAAUAAGAAAGUACAUUAUCCUUCCCAAGUUGAAAACGUUUUCUCCGGUUUGUUGUCCACGGAAGACCGCCUACAUUGUGAUGUCAGACAAAGGACCCAGGCAGGAUGCAGGAGCGCUCGGGAAGUUGUCGCUGUGGAUUCGUCCUGGUACAAAUGGCGAGCGCCAUGAAAACAGUGUUAUUGACCACGCACAAGACAAGACAACGUACACUGUUCACGUGUAAGCUUGUGUUACAGGAAACUUUGAAAAAGCAGAGCUUUUUUUUCCCUCUUCACCAAGACAAUGUUUAACAAUACUGUCAUUCAGCUAAAAUGGUUGACAGAACACUGUGAACCUCCGGUAAAACUCAACAUCUCCUGGUGCCUAAGGAGCUCCCGCUGCUUCCACGAGCCUCUGAAGGCAGGGAGCUACUUCAGAACGACAACUGUGAAGCAGGAAGGAUGCAGUGGGUUCUAUGUGUUUUAUCAGUACCCUGCCAUUGAGUGCAAACAGCACAUGACCCACAGUGAGCCUGUCACUGUCAAGGACAAAGAGAUGAGGAAAAGGAGUGCUGAGAAUCGAAAGGAGACGUUUUCUGUCAAAGCAGAGGCAGCUGUGGCCACAGGCAAUGCCCCAGCCCCCGCUGCAAAGAAACAAGUGACUCCCCAGCAUCACUUUGAUGCAAUGGCUCAGACCUGGGAGGAUGGCCUUACAUGUUCAUCAUCCCACAUCAAGGAGAAGAGCAGCGCCGCCACUGACUCUGUCCCACCACAGAACUGGGACAUCCAACAUAACGAGUGGAAGUCAGUAGGAACGGGAACCCUUUGACUACAUCUGUUUCAGAAUGACUUAUGAUCGUAAGUCAAUUCUGCCGUGUUCUACAUGGUGAUGUGGGUCAUCUAUGUGUUGCUGGGCCUGCUGUGGCCUUGGCUGUCAGCCUGCUACUGGAGAGAGCUGCUCGGGAUCCAGUUCUGGAUCGGCGGGGUCAUCUUCCUGGGCAUGCUGGGGAAGGCCGUGUACUACGCCGAGUUCCAGAGCAUCCGCUAUGACGGCCUCUCCGGUCAGGAGGGGGAGAGACAAGAACCUUACAGAAAAGCCACUUGAUUUCACUUAUGAAAUGUCACUUGAAAUUCACGUGAUCACUUGAGAAACACGUUUUUGUCUGUAAUUGGUCUUUUAAGGAAAUCAACAUGGGGUUUAAGUGGUCAUUUUUGGUGGACACCCCUAAACACAUAUUUUCAGCCAAUUUUGUUUUUCUACCUAAAUCUUCCUGGUGGGCAAGGUUGGAAUUGGGUAAAAGACAGUUGCUCCUAGUGUGGUGCUAACUGUGCUGUUGUACUCCAUUUUAAUAAGCUUUAUUUGUGUGCUGUGUCCUCCAACAGUCCAGGGGGCAGUAGUUUUUGUGGAGAUCCUUUCAGCAGUGCGGACCCUGGCCCGUGUGCUCGUCAUCAUCGCUCGUCUUGGUUAUGGAAUUGUCAAGGGAGUCAGUCCCUUCAUAAGAGGUCACAUUGUUAAGACAGUGGAGAGUGUUAAACUCUAUUUCCAAUUCUGUCUCUCUCACUGUCUCUGUCGCUCUCUCUCUGCCUGCCUGUCUCUCUUUCUCUCUCUCUCUCUCCGUAGGCCAAGGCUCAGUGCAUUGAUACACAGGGUGGUUGGGGUGGGACUGCUCAUUUCAUUUUUAUUUUUACCUUUAUUUUUACCUUAUAUUCUCCGUUGUCGAGGGAAUCCUGAGGGUCAAUUCGGGUAAGUCUGGUCUCUGUCCUCUCCUUUCUGAUCAAUAUACUACCUCGGUAUUCCCCAAAAUAUAUUGUCCACCUAACUAGACUAUUAAAACAUGUUGAUACGUUUUUGAUACGAAACUAAACUAAACAAUGCCAUGAUGCUCUUUGUUGAAUAUCUUCAUCUUUGGCCAAAGGAUGCCAGGAAUCUUGUGUGUGUAGUAGUACCGUCAU